AUGCUUUUUCAUCUUACCUUAAAAAAUUAAAUCUGGAUAAUAGCAAAGAAAAUGAUAUUUGGGAGACUGAUUCAGAGUACGGAGAAAGUUAUACAUUAUUAGAAUUUCCAUCCGAGUUUAAUCACAUAUAUCAUGAUAAAAUUAAAAUUGAUAAUGCUAUAACACCAAUUAUAAAAAAUUUUGAAACAGAUAAUCCUUUAUUUUUAUUUCCAAAGAAGAAAUCCCUUUCUAAUGAAGAGAAAACAAUAUAUGAGGAAUAUCUUGGAAAAUAUAAAAAUUCUUUUGGAACAUUUAUAAUUUUGGAACACAAAAAUAUAUCUAAAACUAGUACUCAUGGGAAUAUAAAUAAAUCAACUGAUACGGUUAAUGGAAUAAGUUAUCUAGGAUUGACUCAUAAACGUUUACUAUUGAACCCAAAUAUAACUAACUGUGAUAUUCCUCCCUUUAGCUCUUUAUUUAAUGAACCAAAAAAAUCAUAAAAUUUAAUUUGAACACUUAAUGAAAUUAUUAAAAUUUCAAUUUCACAGUAAUAAAUAUUUUAAAUGCUAUGUUCAUACUAAACAAAUUAGAAUUUUAUUUUUUGGAUCUGAUCACUUUUCAGUAAGCUUCUUAAAAUAUUUUAUUGAAAUUAAUCACAAAUAUCCAGAAAAAAAUCUUAUAAAUUUAGAAGUAUAUAAUUCUAUUGAGCAACUUGAUAUAUGCCUAGCACCACCCAAAAAUUAUAACUUAAAAGUUCCAACUGUUAAUUUUCAAGAAUACAAAUGUGAAAGUUUAAUUUUAUCUAGUCCAUUGGCAUCUUACUAUUUUAAACAUUUACAUAACAGCAAUGAUUAUAAUAUAUGUAUCCCUUUUAAAAUUAAUUUAAAUAUAUGGCCACCUUUAUUAUACUAUUCUGAUGAAUCAAAUAUGAUGAAAGAAUUAAAGAAUAAAUAUGAUAUAGCAUUUGUUGCAUCUUUUGGGAAAUUUUUGUCUAAUAGUGUAAUUAAAGCAUUUCCAUUAGGUGUAUAUAAUAUACAUCCAAGUUUAUUACCUAAAUACAGAGGUCCUUGUCCAUUGUAUCACACACUCUUGAAUGAGGAUCUUUAUACAGGUAGUACAAUUUUCAAAAUUUUACCAACUGAAAAAGGUGAAAAUAAUAGUUAUGACACUGGGCCUAUUUUAGCUAGAGACUGGAUUAAAAUAUCAGAUUUAUAUGAAUAUAAAAAUAUUGAGAAUAAAUCAGGGAUUUUGAACAUUUUAAUUGAUAGAAUUGCCCAAUUUUCUGCAAACAUCUUGAAAGAAUCUUGGCCAUUUUUAUUAAAUCCUUCCACUCAUUUGAAUUUGAGGCCACAGUCAUGUCCAACCAUAUUAGAUUUAAAAUAUAAAAUCUCACCUUUUAUAAAUCCAGAUAAAAAUAAUAGCACUUUUAUUAUAGAUGGACCAACCUAUGCCCCCAAAUUGGAUUGGAUAAAGUUGUUAAAUGUGAAUUGGGCUAAUACAAAUCCUUUACAGCUAAUUAAAUUAUAUUAUAUCCUUGGAAUACAAUAUAAUGGCUUGAGGUCUAAAUUUAUGGGGCAUAUUGUCAAACUAUUGAACCCUUUUUUACUAUGCCAAUUUAAAGAAAAUCACGAUAUUUUUUUGCUUGAUCAACUAUAUUCAAAACACCUUAUACUAAAGAAAUUAUCCAACAUUACCAGCUUAAAUUCACAGAGCCAAAGCUUACAUGUGGAUUGUGACCAAAUCACUAGAGAUAAACCAUUGCCAGGUGCUUUAUUUUAUAGCUAUCAAUUCAAUUCCAUCUUCAUUGCUUCAUACCAAUCAAACAAUCAAAAUUCUAACAUAAACUGGAAAUGGAUAGGCUUUAAAGAUGUCAAAUACAGGGGCACUAAAAUGACUGCCUUUGAUUUUUAUAAUGGUUAUUUAUCAAAACCUGACUAUCAAACUGAAAUUUUAGAAGGGGUGGAUUAAAAUGUGCACCUUAUUGUACAUAUUUAAUAUUUACAACUAUAUUGCCAAUAUAAAUAUUUAGUUUAUAUAACUUUACCUAAGUUUAUUAUAUUAUAAAAAGUAUCUGAAAU